AUGCGCGACAUCGACUCCGGGCCGGGGAGAGCGCCAGCGCCGGGAUCCAAGACUCGUGUUCCCGGAGGCGGGACCAGGAGCUGGGCCUCGCUGUCCGACUCCGCAGCUCCGCGGGUUGUGCGCACGGGCGGCGAGGAACCACGUCGCGCUGUUCGGCCGGACCGGCGGACGGACCCGGAGCGCUGCGACACGUGCUGUGGCGACCACGGCGGGUCGUGCGGGAGACUGGAAGCAGAAGCAGACAAGCCUGGAGAUGGGCAGGCAUUAACCACUAAGGAGGGAAGAAACCCCCGCCCACCCAGCAGAACGGAAAGGUCCCUGAAGGGCAGGUGGAGAAGAAGGAACAGAAGCAGGAGAACAAUUUUAGGGGGCAGUCCGCGGUCCUCCUUCCUCAGCACGUGUUCUGGAUCCAAGACACGGCACCAGGAAUUGUCAUGGAAACACACACAGCAUCCUUUUGGGUCAGAAGAAGAAGCAGACAAGACGGCAGACAACCAACUGAGGAAGAAAGAAACCCCUGCCCACCCAGCAGGAGGGAAAGGUCCCUGCAGGGCAGCUGGAGAAGAAGGAACGGAAGCAGGAAAAGAAAGCUCGGGAACAAGAAGUGUGGCUUGCGGUGCGCAGGAGGGAUGGAGCAAAAUUUUUAAUGUAUGCUUAGGUAAAUACAGAUGGAGAGUGGUGUGCAUGUCUACAUUUUCAAACACCCAUUAGGAGCAAGCAGCCGCACGCUUCAAGCUGCACUGUGCACUCGGUCUUGGGUUGGCCCCGAUUGUGUGUAGGGAGGUUGAGGCUUUGUGCUAGUUGUGCAUAUUGAUAUGCAGCAGUGAAGGGUUUUGCAGGUUGUCUAGCUUGGCUAGUUAAGCAGUGGAUCAGAACAGAUGCGGUUGAAGGCAGUGUGUAGGUUUUCCUUGGUUGGGUUGUUGAGCGGUUCUCGGUGUCGGUGUAGAAAUGCAGGUUUGUGCUCAGUUCUGUUUGUGGCUUGGCUGUAGCUUGCUUAGGCUGUAGGUUGCGGGGCCAAUUUCAGGCUGUUUGUGGUGCAGUUUGUUUGAGUCUGGUAGUUAAGGCUCCGUGGGUGUUUGAAAGCAUUUAAUCUCCAGCUCCAUGACCCAUGAGGAUGAAGGACUCAUCCUGUGUCCAAAGGAUCCUAAAGGGAGUUGGCGUGGUCAGCGUGAAACCGGUAGGAGCAAGCGGGCCUAAGAUGUGCACAGUCAAAUAAUAAACGGUCUAAGAAACUUCACCUCGUGGCUGGUGCUUUUCUACGCUGAGAAGAUUUGGCCGCGGGCCUUUCCUGUUGCGAGCUGGCUGAAGGAUGAACCUUUUCAUUCAGUCUGCCGAUCCAAUCUGUGUUCUUACUUGUGCAAUGCAAAUAUUUCCCCUUCUGAUGGACCAGUGGUAAACGAGUGUGCAACACAUGGUUCCUAGUCUUCAGUUUACAAUGGUUAAUGCACUGUAGGACAUCAGUCCUGAUUUAUUUGAGGAACUGAAAAAAAAGGCCCAGUGAAGUUGUGGUGCUUCGGUAUAAUCUGUUGAAGUUCAGCUGUCCCUUGUCUCAAAAGAAAAAAUGGUCCCAAUAAAAAUAAAAUGCUCAGCAGCCUUAUGAGCUACUUGGGUUUUUUUUAGUUCAGGUGUUUCAGACCUUCUUCUCUGACUGCCUUCAGUACAAGUACAAUGAGCUUGUGCCGUGCGAAGGUGUGAAGGUGCACAGAAGCUGCCCAUUGGGAGCAAGCAGCCGCACACUUCAAGCUGCACUGUGCACUUGGUCUUGCAUUGGCCCUGAUUGUGUGGAAGGAGGUUGAGGCUUUGUGCUAGUUGUGCUGUUUGAUAUGCAGCAGGCAAGGGUUUUGCAGGUUGUUUGGUUUACCUAGGUAAGCAAUGGAUCAGAAUAGAUGUGACUGAAGGCAGCGUGUAGGGUUGUGGAGCAGUUUUCGGUGUUAGUGUAGAAAUGCAGGUUUGUGCUCCAUUCUGUUUGGGGCUUGGCUGUAGCUUGUGGGGACAGUCCUUUGUCCAAACGAUCAUAAAGGUAGUUGGCGUGGCUAACAUCAAAUCAGUAGGAAUAGGUAGGCCUAAGAUGUGCACAGUCGCACAAUGAAUGGUCUACAAAACUUCACCUCGUGGCUGGGGCUUUUCUAUGCUAAGAUUUGGCUGCGGGCCUUUCCUGUUGACAGCUGGGUGAAGGAUGAAGUUUUUCAUUGUGGCUGCCGAUCCGAUCUGUGUUCUUACUUAUGCAAUGCAAAUAUUUCCCCUUCUGAUGGUCUAACAAGAAAAAAUGGUCCCAAUAAAAAUGAAAUGCUCAGGAGA